AUUUUAUUUUUUAUUAACAUAUCCUACACUAACCGUCGCAGUUACUGUGAAUCAUUCCGUGAAAUUUUUUUGGUGCCUAAAGAAAAAACUCGAGCUCGAAAAGCACUGGAGAAAUUGAUCGGGAGAUUAGCUCCACAAGAAAGAAUACGUCCUGAUUUUGAAGAGAUAUUGGCCGUACGAAAUCCUCGUUCAAAAGAAAUGAUUACUGAUCAAGACUGGCCAAGUAUAUGGCCUGUGGCUGCCUCAUUUCGUUCUUCUGUCGUCCCGCUUCCUGUAAGAAUGGGAUAUAGAAGAAAACCUGAAAAAAGGAUACCUUUCAAAACCAUUCCCAAUUUUUUACAUCUCACACCAGCUGCCAUCGAACGCCAUUGCAAAGCAAUAAAAAAAUUCUGCACACAGUGGCCUCAAGAAAUGUCAAGCUCACUUGUUGAUGAAUAUCUUCCUUUGAUCAUAUCCUACAGUGAUUUCAUUCAUCAAGGAAAUUCGAUCCGUGACAAUCGCUGUAGAAUCAUUACAGUAAUGUUUAAACUAAAUAAAUUAAUCACCAAUGAAAGAGCACGUGAAAAAUUCAUUCGCCUUAUUGGAAAUCGAUAUGAUGGACAAACGGAUUCGAUAACUAUUGUUACAGAUAGGUGUUUCACAAGAAAACAAAAUCGUAGCUAUGCAGAGUAUCUUAUCACAGCCCUUUUUCACGAAUCAUUGAAAGUUGAACCUUGGGAGAAGCUUGCGGAUAGAAAGGACGCUAUUGAAGUGAAAUUUGAAGGAUCUGCUGCUGAAAAACAUGUAAUUGAAAUAAUACAUCAAAUCACUAGUAAAUCUAAAGAAACAGAAGAUUCUGUGCGUGAAUAUGGUCAGGAAAUGCGUAAUCUCCUUGGCAUUCCUUUUUUGAAUCAUCCUGGUAACUGA